GUCCUCCCAUUCUCACCGUGCAUGCGUGGCUCAGGGAGUGCGCAGCACGGCGAUCGGCGAUGCGCCGUGUCCAAUCACAGCUGAUCACUGAUCAUCAGGGCACUGAUGAUCAGUGUGCCCUGAUGUUCAGUGUAGCCCCAGCAGUGCCACCUGUCAGUGUCCAUCAGGGCCUUGUGUCAGUGCUCAUCAGUGCCUCGUAUCAGUGCCUACCAGUGCACAUAAAUGCCACAUAUCAGUGCCCAUCUGAGCUGCCUUUCAGUGCCACCUAUCAGUGGCGCCUAUCAGUGCCAGUCAGUGGCGCCUAUCAGUGCCAGUCAGUGCCGCCUAUCAGUGUGCAUCAGUGCCGUGUCAGUACUGCCUGUCAG